CGUCGAGGAGUACGUGAGGAGAAGGUGACGUCUACCUGCAGUUCUUCAACGUCGCGUGUUCAGCUCCAUAGCUUACGGAGUCGAUCUGUGAGCAGUAUGGAAGUACAGCACACGAUGUUGCGCGCUCUUCUUCUCUUCUCUGCGCUCUGCGCCAUGUCAGCUAUCACCCUCGCGGCUGGCGCAGCUCCGCAGUACCUCAGGCAUACCGGUGAUCUGCGAGAGCUAAUUAAGGCGGAAGGCGGGUCGGUGAGUAGCUGGGGAGGGGCUCUGGAGGAGUUCCCCAAUGCCUCCCUGGGAGCGGGAAUGGUGACGUUGGAGGCGGGUUUCAUGAUGUUGCCCGAGUACUCCGACUGCCAUUACUUCCUCUACGUGAUUGAAGGGUCCGCCCACGUGGGACUGAUGUCUCCUGUCGGGUUCCCAACCAACGCCAGGAGGAUCGAGCAAGGGGAUGUGUUCGCGAUCCCCCGGGGCUGGGCGAGCUGGGCCGUCAACUGCGGAAGCUCUCGGCUGCGGGCGUUCGCUGCAUGGGACACGUCGGAGGGCCAUGCACGUGGCGAGUGCAUGCACUUUCAUCUGGCAGGCUCGUCGUCGACCUCCACGGCAGCGGCGGAACAUCAGAAGGACACGGGUUCGAUUCUUCGCGGAUUCAGUAAAGACCUGCUGGCCAAAGCGUGGGACGUGGACGUCAGCCACGUGGAGUCGCUGCUGCGGUCCCAGCGCGGGAGUGCCAUUGUCAGACUGCCUUCUCGCUCAGGGAGCAGCCCUGCCACGUCUCAUGCCUUGGAUCAGAUUGUCCACACGUGGAUGACCACGACGACGACGAUCAGUCAGCUGGCCAUGGGUGUGGGGAUGGGUUUGGUUGACGAUGACGUCAACGGAAAGCAGGGGGCGUCCUCGGCGUUCGGUAUGUGGCCGCUUUCUGGCGGCGAGUUCGUGUACAAUCUGGACAGAUCGUCUGCUGACGUGGCAAAUAAAGGCGGGAAGGUUUGGUUCCUUAAUGCGCACAGAAUGCCAGUGCUGCGUCAGCUGAGAAUGGGCGCGCACAGAGCGUCCCUGAGGCCGGGGGCGGUGAUUGGCCCGGUGUGGUCGGUGAACGCGCAUCACAUCGUGUACGUGAUCAGCGGGAAGGGGCGGGUGCAGAUCGCGGGGCCAGACGGGCGCAACGAGCUGGACGCGGAGGUGCGCGCAGGACAGGUGGUGGCGAUCCCGCGCUUCUUCGCGGCGUUGAAGGUCGCGUCGGAGGGCGAGCGGCUGGAAAUGAUCUCCGUGGGGUCGUCCUCCAUGCCCUGGUCGUCCUUCCUCUCCGGUUCGACGUCCAUGUUGAAGAACAUGCCGUUGGAGGUGGUGACCCACGCGUUCAAUAUCGAUAGGGAGCUGGAGGAGAAGUUCAGGGAGAAGAGGAGGGACGUCACUGCCAUUCUUCCGCAAUCGGAGUCCGAGAGGCAGAAGGAUGUGUAGAUUAGCUGUGAUCUUAAAAAUAUCAGCGCGGAGUCGGAGGUGGAGAGGGUACGGAGAAGAGGAGGAAGAUGAUCGCGAUUCCACCUUAUGGUCUGGCACCUUCCUAAAUGUAUUGUGACUUGAUAUUGCAAUCAAAACAAAAACUCAGAAUGAUGUAGUCCAUUUUUUAUUUAAAUUCAAAGUGGCGGCUCGACUCUUUUGGGGCAGUUGCAGGUUUUACUCUACGCCGCCUGAAGGAGAGUGCAAUUACUGCCAGACCUGGAUGCACCUGACUAUAAUCACGUCUAGAGCGCAAUAGAACUGGAAUUUUACUAUAAUCACGUCUAGAGCGCAAUAGAACUCGAUGCAUCUGACCAUAAUCACGUAGACCUGACUCGAAAAGUUGCUACUGUAGUGUGUAACUCAUGAUUCCCUCGGAGUCCCUUCAAUGUCUGGAAAUCGCAUCAGUGCCUCAACUUGCGCUGUGCCACAUUCGACAUCAACAGCGAUAUCAACAGUGGGGUGGAAGUGAAAACGUUAAGGGAUCUGCGUGAAGAAGAAACGUUAGGUAGAAUGUGAGGACGUGAACAUUCAGGGGAAUGAGGAUGAUGGAGGUGGCACCGCGGUUUCGGUGGCAGUCGGAGAGGUAAGAGUGUUCAGUACGAUGGAUACAGGGCCUACCGUGUUCACCCGAAUAGAAUGUGCUCGAUUAUAGUGCAUUUGGUGAACUUUCAGUCCAGAUGCGGCCAUGUUGACUGUACGUUGUACUCGCGGGGAGAUGGCACUCGGUAGGAGAGGCAUUGUUCUGGCUGCGGAUUGUCGUAGGGACGUUGCACCAUCGCACAGGGCAUGCACCGUCGGUUGUGUCUUGGGAGUACGGAGUAUGGAGACGUGAAUUGGGACCUUCGGGGACGUUCUUGGCGUGCAGUCGGACCACAUUCGGUGCGCCACGACCAACUUGUGUGAACACAGCUUGCAAUAGUGUUAUCGCUGUUGCUACUGCGCAAGUCGGGGGAAGUCUGGUCUGUGUUUCGGAGAUUGAUGCUCAGUAAUUCGGUGCACCAAGACCAAGUUGUGUGACCACCAAAAAAAAAAAAAAAAAGUCGGGGGCUGUCUGGUCUGGGUUUUGGAGAUUGAUGCUUUGUUGUGAAAACGACCCAGGAGAAGAGAAAUCGUCACGUGUACGAUCGAGGUUGAAUUGACAGUAGUGCGGAGCAGCGGACUUGACACGCGCGGAGCUUGGUACUAACAUGUGGCGCGGCCCAUGUGUCAAUCAAUGGACUUGCGAAGAUGUAACCGGUUCACCUGGCCCAAGUUGUGUAACAGGUGUGGUUCUUCCGCGGGACUUGCGAGGGGUUGAGUUGGCAUGGGGGGGAAAGAUCGUACUUCAUCGCUGUGGUGGGAAUCGGUAAGACAUCGGUUUGCAUGGACGGACUCGAAUAUGAUCAGACUUCCUGCUUCCUCUAAAUUGAAGACAAUUAUAGAUAUGAGUCGGUGCGUUGUUGAUGUCUUUGUCUCUUUGUUGGCGUCGAUUAUGACCGGACUGGCAUUUUGCUAUGAAUCCGAACAGUAGAUACGACUACGUGCGUUGUUUAUGUCUCUGUGCUUUUGGCGCUUUUGGUCGUAAUCGAGGGAACGACAAGUGUACACAGCGUCAUCCCGGCUUGACAAGUUUACAUCUGAGAGCAAGAGACGCUUGCGGCCACCAGGGGACUGACUGAAACAUGUGUACGGAGGGAGAUGGCAGACGUGGACUGUACCACGUUUUGAAUGUGUGGACCGUUGUGGUCGAUGGUUUUCAGUGUGAGUUGAACAUGUGCCAUUGCACACACGCAGGCUGUUGAGUCAGGAUUAACACAUUUUCGUGAUUGAUAUGGUUGUUUGACAGUUAUGGGUUAGGGGGAUAUGGUUGUUUGACAGGUAUGGGUGAGUGGUCGUUCUUCAGUAACGAGAGGUUAGAAAGGCGUGCAGUGUAUUUACUG